AUGCGGAACCAACAGAAAUACCGGAACCUCCACCAUAUGAGAAGAAAAUGCAGUUUCUUGAGGACGAAUUGUUUAGGCUUACACGAUCAGUGCUUGAACUUCAGUCCUCUGUGGCAGGUGUGAAUGAAAACCUGAAGUUGACUGUCCAAGAAGAUGCUAGUAAGAUGUUGGUCACUUGGCUGAACAACCUUUAUGACCGCCCAGAGCCUGAUAGUGCGAUUGGUGGUGAAACAGACACUAUUCAUCUGCCUGGACUCCUCAGCAAUAAAGAUCAAAAAGACCCUUUUAUUGAUUUUGAAAUGGAAGAUAUAAAGGCUGAGCUAGCUGAGGUCAAAGAAGCCUUGAAGAUGAGGAAUGACAAGCUGGAGGAACUGAAUGGAAAAGUAAAAGGCUAUGAAGGACAAUUAAAACAACUGCAGGAGGCAGCACAAGGACCUACAAUAACAAUGCCCAGCAACAAUAUAUAUCAGGAGUAUAUAGACUCAAAAUUUGAGUCCCUCAGACAGGAAAUACUGGAAGGAUUUGAAAAGAAAAUGGCAGAUCUGAAGAACUCCUGUGAAUACAAACUACAGGAUAUCCAGCAGCAGUGUGAUGACAAUGAAAAUAACUGUUUAGGAAUAAUCGAUGUUAUAAGAGGAAAAGAGAAUGACUUGAGGAAAGAAAUAAAUACUCUCCGAACUCAGAUUCCAUCAAACAAGUCCAGUUGUUGCAAGGAGGGUGGGAGAGAUGACUUUGACCAACAGAUAAAAGAUUUAGAUAGGAAGAUUGACAGAGUUGUGGAAGCACACAGGAUCUUGAAUGUCAGAAUAGAUAAUGAAAUCACUCGAUUGUCAACUCCAGAUCUAGAAGACAUGUUUGGUGAGAGGUUGGAGGAGCUAGAUGCGAGGAUGAAUGUUACAGAACGAAAUGCUGAAGAACACUGCUUUUACGUUGAGGAAACCCUCCGUGGUGCUAUAGCUGCUGAGGUAGAUGAAUUGAGAGACUUGUUUGACCAAAAGCUGCGGGCACUAGAAGAUAGACUAGGUGGCACUAUUUUAGAGAUCGCUAAUACCACAGACCCAGAUGGAAUGUAUAUUAAUCCUGGACCCAUCUUGCCCAGUGACACAGGAUUUGCAAAUGAGCAAUUGACAGCAGAGAUGAAUUUCCUGAAGACCAAACUACUGUCACUUGAACACCUCUGUGGGCAGAAAUGUCAGUCUGCACCACAAGGUAUGGAGGACCUUCAGAAAGAGCUAGAAAAUUAUAACAACAAAUACAAUCACUUGCUUUUGAAAACAGAGAACAACUCUGUUCUCCUGCAGUCUCUAAAUAGCUCUCUUAAUGAGAAACUCAACUUAAUUAAGAGUAACCAACGUGACAUUCAGAAAAUGCAGAGAGAUGCACGCGUAUUCCGGUAUAGUCUAAAUGUCAUGGAUAAAGAUGUGAAGAACCUUCAAGAUGGCUUGAGUAGCUGCAAAGAGCAGCUCCUGGGUGUCAAUUCUACCUGUAGGAAAACACAACGAGGUGUCUUCCGAAAAAUUGAUCAAAUGCAGAGGACAUUUGCAAAUCAAACUGCCCACCCCAGUGAUAAUUGCUGUGGUGAAGUGAGAGAGAGACUAGAACAAUUGAAUGACCAUAUCCUGAAUGAUCUUAGCAAGUGCAAAGAAAAGACCCAAGGUAUUCAGGAGGGUGUUUCAGAUGUUGAGAGUAGAGUCUCGCGUGUUGAAAAAGUUUGCGGCAAGCUGGACUCUGUCUCAGGCAGCUUGCAGAAGAUAAAAGAAGGUCUGAAUAAGCACGUGAGCAGCUUAUGGAACUGCAUCCGCGAAAUGAAUGAAACUAUAGCAUCUCAUUCCACUGAUAUUUCUGGUCUCAAAAAUUCUGUCCAACAGUUUUAUAGUCAGGUCUCCAAAAUGACCACAGAUAUUGAAGGCAUGCUGAAAUCUCAGUCUGACUCAAGGCGAUCAGAAGUACCACGGCAGCCAUUACCACCAAGACCACCCCUACAGCCCCAGCCUGGCAUAUCCCUGCUGCCGCCGAGGAUACAACCCCCACGACAGAGGACCCCCCUCCAGCCACCACAGCUGAGACCUCCUCCACGCCCAGCGCUGCCAGAGUCAGGUGUUGUGCCAUUUCUGCCUGGAACAACCGGGAUCAUCUUGGAGACUGGAGAGGCAGGGCCUCCUGGCACUGUUUUAAUGUCAGGAAGAGGGCGGCUUAGAAGCGUGGAUGGUCAGGCUGGUCAAAGUACCAUGCCUGUUGCUGAAGGAUAUGCUGGAGCACCAGGAUAUCCAAAGUUAUCUCCUCCUACCACGGACUCGCAAGGACCUGCUGCUGCUGCGGCCUCUCUGGUGUCGUUUUCUGCUGGGCUCACACAGAAGCCUUUCUCCAGUGAUGUCGGCGUGGUUCACUUUAACAAAGUGCUUGUGAAUGACGGGGACUAUUAUAACCCCAAUACAGGCAUUUUCACAUCACCAUAUGAAGGACGCUACCUGAUCACCGCUGUGCUGGCCCCAGAGAGGGACGAGUACGUAGAAGCGGUGCUGUCUGUCUCCAACGCAAGCGUGGCUCAGCUCCACACAGCUGGGUACAGAAGGGAACUGCUGGAGUACCACAAACCUUACUCGGGGAAACGGACCUGUGGUGGUCCUGGGACAUUCCACCUCGUUCUUCACCUCAAAGCGGGAGAUGAAGUAAACAUCGUUGUAACAGGAGGCAAACUGGCCUACACAGACUCUGAUGAAAUGUACUCCACAUUUAGCGGAGUUCUCCUGUAUCCUUCCAUUUCUCAUGUUUAGGUUUACCUUGAACAGGAGAGAAGGGUAAGAUAUUCAGAAGAAAUUAAGUGUAAUAAAAUUCAAAGCUUUAAUAUAUUCAGUUUA